GCGACUCAUGGGCUCAGUGUGGGCUGCGACUCAUGGGCUCAGUGUGGGCUCUGCUCCUAACUGCCUGUAGUCCCCCACUCUGUUUUCUCUAGUUCUAGGUUUUUAGAAAGGUGAUUUUGUUGUUUGUUUAAUAGUCUUUAUAUUUAGAGUGUUGUAGGUUUGCAGAAUAACUGAGCAGUGAGCAGCGUUCCCGUCUACUCCUUGCCCCUGCACGUUCCCUGCCCCUGCCCGAGCUAGCAUGGCACAUCUGUCCCCGUAGAUGGGCCUGCAUCGGCACGUCAUUAUCACAAAGGCCAUGGCUACGUGGCGGCUCACGCUUGCUGCUGUGCAUCGCGGGUCUGGACAGCCACACAGACAAGUGCACACCAUGGCAGCGCCAUGUCCCAGCCUUCUCAGCCAGUGGGAGGGCGGGGAGCUCCACCUGGACUUGCUGGUCUCAAGUGUCCCUGAGUCUCUCUGAAGUUUCCCCAACCACACUAGGCCUGGGGGCAGGAAAGGGGCUCAGCAAGCGCUGGCCUGGGUUGGUCUUGCUGGGAGAUGGCGCUAAUGUGCUCGACUCUUUCAGGGCGCUGUGUAAGACGGAGUGUGAGGGCACUACCAAGUGUGAGAGCCUGGCAGCAGGUGCUCAGUGUGGUCCGAGAAGCUGGGGUGUCCUUGGAAAUGCUGUGCCUCACCAGAACAUUCUGUCUGUUUCAUGUACGCCCGCUCGGGAGCUUCUCAGGGGCAGCUGAUAUGUGAACGCACACACAUGAGAGCAAACGUUUGGAGACGUUUGUCCCAAGUCUCAGCACUGUGAGGUGUGCAUCUGGGUGACUGUAACCUCAUCCCUCUUGCCAUCAUUAGACUCAUUCGGUGCCGCCCUCCUUGACCCUCGCUAGCCUCCAGGCAAGGUGUGGCUUCCACACCUGGCUCGUGCCGUCCUCACGACAGCACGGACAGGUAGGUUUAUCCUCCCCAUUUUACAGAAGGGCACGGAGAGGUUAGGAACUUGCCUGUGACAUGCAGCAUGCAGGCUGGGAUCUUGAGCAGAGCUCCAGGCCUGUUCUUGGGUUGGGGAGCAGAAGAGGAGUCGGGGCGGCUUGCUGCUGGCGCUGCACCCUGUCCCUGGCGGCUCCUCCUCCUCUGCUCCGUGAACCUCGCCUUCCUGGUGGGCCUCCCCCAGGCCCGCUUCCCUCCCUGUGCUUGGUGUCUCUCCAUGGCACUUGCCUCUGAGGGACCCUACCGUUUGCCCUUUUGGUUUCUGUUUCUGGUCCAUUUUCUGUCUGCCCACCGCACCUUAGGUGGUGGGGGUCUCCCAAGGGCUGGGGUUUCUGUCUGGCACAGAGCUCAGCGACCUUUGUGGAUUGAAAUGUCCCAAAGGCUGCUUGGAUGGUGAGGUCAGCUCUGUGGAGAACAGAGCCCUGGGAACACAGGAGAGCAUGGCUCUGCCCAACACCGACUGCCCAGGUGCAAACCCUUGGACACUCCCUGCCUGGUGGCCGUAGAAAAAUUGCUUGGCUCGCCUCUGCUUUGCCCAUCUGUCAAAUGGGGACAGUGAUGGGACCAGUGUCAUGGGUUAGAACAGUAGGUGCCACAUGGUGAACACCUGACUUUAUGAAAUCAUUAUAAUUAUGUCAUUAUACAUACAUAAUAUGUAGUUAUAUGUGAUGUAAUUAUAUACCAUGUGUCACAGAUUUUUUUAUUGUGGUGAGAAAUACAUAACAUAAAAUGUACCAUUUUAGCCAUUGUAAGUGCCCACUCAGUAGAGUAGAUUCGCACGUGCUGUAUGGGACAGUAAUGCACAGGCUACAGUGCCAUGUUCGUCAUGUUCACACUGUCCUGCAGCCAUCCCCACCGUCCAGAACUUUUUCAUCAUCCCAAACAGAAACUCUGCACCAAUUAAACAAACAUUUUAUUGUAUUAAAUUAUUAGAUUAAAUGGUCCCCUAUUAUGAUUUCUUCCCUGAGGCCACUUGACCUAAAGAUCCACUGUUUCAGAGUUUCUCAUUCUAAGCACCAUUGACAUUUGGACCAGAUAGUUCUUUGUUGUGGGGGCUGCCCUGUGCACGGGAGGCUGUUCAGCAGCAUCGAAAUGCCAUGACAUGCCAGUAGCAUGUCCCCUUUACACUUGUGACAAUAAAAAAAUGUCUCCAGACACAGCCUAUUGCCCCCUGGGUUUGCUUGGAAAUUGCCUCUGAUUGGGAACCUCUGGCUUAGGGUCUGAAGCUGGUUGGAAAACCAGGCACCCCAUUUGGGGGGAGCAAAUCUAUCACUAAAACACUGUAAAGCCUUUUUAGUCACCAAGAGGGAGCCCCUUCUUAUUGCUUAGGUGCUCGUGCUGUCUGCCUCUUCGUAUAGGACUUUCUCCUCUGUUCGUUGAAGCGUUUGGUCUUGAGCAAACUGCAAAGUGAAACUGGGUCCAUGCAGCCGUUUGAGUUUAGGCACAAAUUCUACCUUUCACUUGCAGGCGCAGCACCCAGGUACGGGCGACCCAGCCCAUCCUCGGCUACAUGCCGGUGCUCCAGGUCGGAGAGGCCCCUCUGGACAGCCUGGGGAUCAGGGACAUGCUCCCAUCUCACAAGGCAGAGCUGUCCGCAGGGUCCCCCAGGCUGUAGCACCGAAGCCCAGUGUCCUCUGGGGGAGGGAAGCAGUGACCUCCCCCUGCCCCAGCCUAGAGGUGUGGGGAUGGCAGACACCUGCGAGCUCUGGUGCAGCCCAGCCAGUUUGGGAAGAAGAGGACCUCUCCUGGUUCCUUCUCCGUACCAGUGAAUUUUGAAUCACGUACGAACAAAGAACCCAAUAUGGACUUGCAGUUACACAGGACAAUGUUCUUCUUCGGAGAGCAACUUAAUAAGAACUCCAAGUGAAGAGCCCAAAAUUCAGAAGAUUAAAAAAAUCAAGAUGAGAUGAACAAGGAGAUUGGAGACCUAAGGAAAACAUUGAGGAUCAAAGCCGUAUUGUCAAGGAGCUACUAAACGAAUUAGGAACAGUGAGGAAUAGAAUAUGUACUGCGGAAAUGGACAAAAAGAAGGUCAAAAAGGAAAGACUCACCCACUGUGGGUGCGGCUGAAAGCGGAGCGGGUUGGUAAAAGCAAGGGAAGGACGCCCAGUGGCUCAGAGGAGGACACAGCGGCCGCGUGAGCACAAGCAGUGUUGCUGAAGGCGGGCGCUGACAGUCACACAGAAGAUGCAUCCAGCGACAUCAGGACAGACGAAAGGAGAACGGAAUCAGCCGUCGAACAGCUCACUCAUUCUGGACGCGUUUGCUCAAAAUCCUCAAUGCCAAGACACCUCCAGGCAUCGAGGCACCAAGAGCACUUGGUCUGCACGGCAGGUGUCGUUCCUGCUGCCAUCACAGUACAACUUAAGGCCUGACUGGACUGGUGGUCAAGGGGCUGAGCCCCACGGCUGGGCCACUGCAUGGCCUUGCCAAGGAGCUGUCUGACAAGAUCCAGAUCCAGGUAUUUGACAAGCUGCUACUGCUCAACCCCGGAAUAGAAGCAGAACAAAUCUUAAUGGCACCCAACUCAUUUAUGAAGCUCCAGACAAACAGGGAUGGUGCGGCCUCUCUGAGCUACCGUGUCCUGGAUGGGCCCGAGCAGGUUCCUGUCGUGCACAUUGAUGAGAAGGGCUUCCUGGUGUCAGGGUCUGUGAUGGGGACGCCCACAAUUGAAGUGACUGCACAAGAGCCUUUUGGGACCAACCAAACCAUCAUUGUUGGCGUAAAGGUGAGUGCUCCCCAGCCCAGAGGGAAGUCAUCAAGACCUUGCACCCAGAGUCCCUUCUGAGCUGCCAGCUGCAGUUCCAGCAGGCCGUCUCCGAUUUCCCAGCACGUGAUGUUCUCACCGUGGAGCCAGGCUUCGAUGCUGCUCUGGAAUGGAGAGCAAGAAGACCCUGAGCUGCCCGGAUCUUGACAACAGGGAGUGGAGGUUGGCCAGAAAGCAGAAGCCACUGGAGAGCAAUGGCCAAGAGGCAGACCUAACUGGGUGCGGCCGUGUUGCUUGCUCUCUGCGCUUCACCAUUGGCCGCCACCACCACCUUGUUUGCCUGUUCGCGGCGGAUCCUUUGGGCUGGCAGGAAGGGGUGAAGUUGCGACGUCUCUUGGGCUUCCACUUUUGCCCCUUGGACCACAGCAAAUCGUACGAGGCAGGAGUCCAAGAGUCUCCAUUUCACGGGACCGGGAGACUGAGUCUGGCGGACCUCAACUUGCUUAAGGUCACACAGCCAUCGAGGGACAGCUGCAUUCUGCUUGCGGGGACAGAGAAGCAGAUGCACAAAUGGACAUGCACGGUGGAGCACGACACUCUCGUGCCCAUGUCGGCCUCCAUAGAGCUCAUCCUGGUGGAGGACGUGAGGCUGAGUCCAGAAGAGGUGACCACCUACAACCACCCUGGCAUCCAGGCGGAGCUGCCCAUCAGAGAAGGCACGAGACACUUCCUCAACACAGCACUGCAGACGUCGUCACGGUGGCCUCCCUGGAGGCCAGGGGAGUCGCCCUGGUGGGUUGGCUUUAGUUUCUCACCCAGGCCACUGUGUGGUGAGUGGAUUGACUAUUGGAAAAGCUGGCACUUAGUCACACCAGCUAUAACCAGCAGGGUCUUCAGAAUCUCCGCUUCAUUCAGCAACUUUGGUCAUCGCCGUGCCGCCUCUAUCAAAAUACUGAACAUUUUCAACACCCGGGAAGUUCCUACCGCGCUUCCUCCUAGCCACAGCCCCCAGAGGCCCACAAGGAAGGAUGGUGCUGAUUUCCACCCUCAUGGAUUAGCUGUGCCUGCUCCUAACCUCUGUGUAAGUGGAACAACACAACAUGUACCUUCUUGUAUCUUUUCUGUGUGCCAGUCACCCAUGUUGUUACAUGCACUGUAGUUUGGUCUAUUUCAUUGCUGUGCAGUGCUCCAUUUUUCCCAACGUUACUAUCGAUGUUUCCAUUCCUUUGCUUUGGUGGUUACAAAGUGUCUUUUUGUCCGCAUGCACGCUUUUUUAAACAAACAGACUUUAUUUCUUUAGAGCAUUUGCAGGUUCACAGCAAAACUGAGCUGUGUGUGAAAGUGCAGAGCUCCGUGUCCCGCCUCCCCCCACAAACACACAGCCUCCUCCGCUGUGCACACCCCCACCAGAGGGCACAUUGUUACACUCGGUGAACCUGCACUGACGCCUCAUGUCAGACACACUGACCGCGUUAGCAUCAGGGAAUGCUCUGUCAUAAAUCCCCGAUGACUGUUCUUGCUCUGAACUCUGCUGUGAUCCUGCUUUCUUUCAUUAGUGUUAGCAUGAUGUGUGUCUUUAUCCAUCCGUUUACUUUUCAUAUGAUGUGUCUUUGCAUUUUAAGUGGGGUCCUGGUACACAACCUACAAUCAGGUCUUGUUAUGUGAUGCACUCUGACCGUCUUUGUCCUAUAUUUUGACCAUUGACAUUUAAAGUAGUUACUGAUAGAGUUGGAUUACUAUGUACUACCUUUGUUACCGUUUUCUAUUCCUUGCCCUGACUUCUCUUCCUUUUCUGCCUUUUGAAGUUUUAAUAAUCAUUCUUCUAUGAUUCUACUUUUUCUCUUUCUUCUGUGAGGGGAUUAAGACCACUAGGACUUAGGGAUGCUAUGUCUGCGGCUGUGAAAGGAGAGGAGGUGAAGGGAUUGCCUGAGCAGACGCCUGCAAUAAGGGCAGAUGUUAAGUGCCUGGGUGGGGGACAGAUAGCAGCGAUCUGGGAGUACAGCAAAGCAUGCUGCAAACUCAGAGCCUGAGGGGUCUCAUGCCUCAAAAGCCACGGAGCGGGCUGACAUGGAAACUUCUCGUGGCUGCAGAAGUAGAUUGUGGUAUGUCCGCCCGGGAGAAGGGGCCUACGGCCUUCAUUUUUAGAACACUUGGCCAAGGUCCUUCUCUCCCUUUCUCCCAACAAUGCCUCAGGUGAUGUAAAACUAGUCUCCCUGUGGAAAGCAUGUAGUUUCUUUGUUCCUUGAUCAAAUGGGUCACAGCUACUGAAGCUCGAUAUUGAUAUCCAUAUUCAUAGCUUGAGCUUGGGAUGAAAUCAGUUUACCUUGAUCAUCGUGGCUGUUCCUACUGAAGAAUUAUGCGUUUUUCACUUCUAGAAAGGAGAAGGAAAUUGGCUAGGACACCUUGUGAUUUGGUGGGUACCCGAGACCUUUGAUCCUUGUAUCCCGUCAUUUUUUCGCAUGAGAUCAUUGUAUUUUGCAAUAUGGCAAAGAGAAUAAAAAGCAAGUGCUGUGUUUCGGUCACCGCCACGUUGGCAGCGCAGUGCUGGGGUCCCCUGAUUUCCCUGCUUUCUUAAAUAUUCUUUCUGUGUCUGUGUCUUUGUAUCUUUCAUCUCUUGCAACACAUUCUGCCAGAAUCUUUAUCGGGAUGUCGCAAACUCCCAAUAGUUCUGAUUUAAACUUUUUUAAUGGUGACUCCAUAGAUUGUAACUAAUUUGAGUCAACUUUCAAAUAACCCUGUACCCCUUCAUGAGUGGUACAAUUACUGUAUAAUAAUAAAAAAAAAUCCCUAUUUCUUUCUUCCUGCCUUUGUAUCAGAGCUGUCAAUCGUUUCAUAUACACAUAAGCAUACACACAUACACGCACAUCUAUUUACAGUGAAUGUGUGUUGCUACUAAUAUUUUCAAUAAACUUAUCCAUUAGAUCAAUUGAAAAUAAGUAAAAUAAAAGUUUGUAUUUUUCCUUUACUUAUUCCUUCUUCAAUGCUCUGCUUUUCUUUAUAGAGAUCUCAGUCUCUGCCAUGUAUCAUCUUCCUUCUCUCUGAAGAAUUUCCGUUAACAUUUCUUACAAGCCAGGUCUACUGACAGCAAGCUCUAUGAAUUUUUGUCUGAGAACGUGUUUAUUUCUUCUUCAUUUUUUAGGCGUGAUUGAGCAGAGACUCGAGUUCUAGGUUGGUGGCUAUUUUCUCUCAACACAUCCAAUAUUUCACUCCACCCUCUUCUUCCUUGUGUGGUUUCUGAGGAGAAUCUGACAUAAUUUUUAUCCUUGUUCCUCCGUUAAUAAGGAAUGCCCCCUACCCUGGCUUCUUUCAAGAUUUUGCUCUCUAUCUUUGCUUUUCUGCAUUUUCGAUAUGAAAUGCAUGCGGGUAUGUAGCUGAUGGGUUUUUUUUGCUUUUUGUUUUCUUAUUCUUAACAAUUAUCCUGCGUGGUGUUCUUUGAGCUUCCUGGGUCUCUGGUUGGUGUCUCACAUUAAUUUUCAAAAUUCUCAGUCGUUCUUGCUUCUAGUGUUUCCUCUGUUGCUUUCUGUCUUUCUUCUCUUUCUUGCAUUCCCAUUGUAUGUAUGUCACACUUUUCGUUGAAGACCCGUAGUUCUUGGAUAUUCUGUCCUAUAUUUUCAGUCCUUCCUCUUCCUUCUCAGGGUUGGAAGUUUCUGCUGGCGAAUCCUCAAGCCCAGAGAUUCUUCCUCAUCUGUGUCCAGUCUAGGAAUGAGCCCGUCAAAGGCACCCUUCAUUUCUGUUACUCUGUUUCUGAUCUCUAGCAUUUCUUCCUUAUUCUUUCUUAGAAGUUCCAUCGUUCUCACAUUACACAUCUGUUCCUGCAUGCUGUGGGCUUUUCCCAUUGGACCCCUUAGCAUAUUUAUCAUAGUUGCUUUAAAUUUCCAGUCUGAUAAUUCCAACAUUCCUGCCUUAUCUGAAUCUGGAUCUGAUACUUGAUCUCUUUUGAAACUGUGAUUUUUUAAUUUUAUUUAAUUUUUGCCUUUUAGUCUAACUUAUAACUUGUUCAAAGCCAGACAUGAUGUCCUGGGUAAAAGGACUCCAGUAAAUGGGCCUCUAGUGGUGUGACCAUGUGGUGUUGGGUGGAGGAGGCAUUCUUUAGUCCCACAGUAGGUCUCAGUCUCUUGGGGAGCCUGUGCCCUGAGCUGUGACCUUCCCUUGUGCUUCUCAGUCUCCUCGCCCAGCCCGUUAGGUGGAACUGGAUAAAAAGAGUGGCUGGAGUUGGGAAAUCCUCUUCCCCUACGACACUCAGGCUCUGAUAAAGCCCAGGGGUCAGUCCCUGGAUAAAUAGGCUCUCAUGAGGGGCCUUGUUAAGAAGAACAGAUGCUCUGGCUUAUUUCCCAGCCCCCUGUGGGAGGCGCCAGGGGAAUCUUUCUCCAAUAGUCCCUAUAAGAACCUGGUAGGAUUCCUAGAGGUAAAACUCAUGAAAGUGUGGGGCUACUAGACUGAGCCUCCUUGGAGUGUUGAACUCUCAGACUCGUCCACACGGAGCCUCCAGCAGUGUGUCAGCUGCAGGUUAGGGUUUCCUGAGCUGGUCCUGGUUCCUGGGGAGGUUUCUGCUCUCUGGUCGGUUCUGGUAAGCUGUGAUCUCUGCAUUUGCCUGUCUGUCUGUCUCUAGUCUGGGGGCAACACUUUGCCCUGUCACCUCACUUCUCUGCCAGAUCUAGGAAGAGUCACUGGUUCUUGAUAGUUCGGCUUUGGCUUAUCGUUAGGACAGAGUGAUGCCUCCCAAGCUCCUUGGACUGCAAACUGGAAUGUGCACUUCCUUUCUUACCUGGGCUUGAGACUGUGGGAUCAUGAGGUAUAUGCAUAUUAUGAUAAUACUGCCAAGGAAUUUCCCAAAGUACUUGCACCAAUUGACAUCAGUAGUGUGUAAGAGUUCCAGGUACUCCGCAACCUCACUUGCUCUCGGAACUGCUGACUUUUAAUGUUUGCCAUUCUGUUGUGUGUGUGGUGAUAGCUCAUCGUGUGUCUCCCUAACGAUGUUGAGCACAUUUUCAUUCCGUGCUGUCUUUAACUUCUCUUUAAGUCUCUUCACUUUGAAUUUAUUUACCUGAGAGUCUUCUUGCUUUCUGAGGUUAGCUCUGGUGGUAUGUAGCGUACAUUUCCCCUUAACCUUGUGCCUGCUACCAUUUGUCUGCUCUGCCCAGUGAAUCCUGCCCCGGGCUCAUGGUGACUUCAGCACCAUCUCAAGUUGGGGCUCUGCCAUGCUUUAGUAAGUCAAGGCACAAUCAGAAUAUUUAAAUUUUUGAUUCUGCGGAUCUUUAUUGAACAGAAAAUACUAGAGAUAGUAUCUGACUGCUCUGUGUCAUGGCUAUAAGUUUCUUCUAAAGGCCUAUUAGAAUUUGCACUUCACAAAUACCCUAAACCAGAAUGUCACUAUGGAGUGACUGUCAUCAGCACCUGACAGGGAGGGCUGCUUAUUGUGAAGCCACAGCCUUGAUUAAGGCCUUUAGAUGAUUGAAGUUGUCAUGUACCUUUGUGGUAAUAAAAACAUAUGUCUUAACUCCAGCAGAAACACUCAUCUCUACACAAAGUCAUGGAAACGAAACAACCUGCUGAAGGAUUAUUCUAUCAAGGAGGAAAUUAAGAUGGAAAUCAAAACA